AUUGGCAGAAACAAACACCUCAUCACUUCUCUCGGAAAGCAUAAUCUAAAAAAAAAUCAGUCAAUCCUCUCUUCUGUAAGCCACCGUUCACAACCAGCUUUAUCGGCAGCAACACAUUUGAUUGAUCAACAACAAUUGGAAAGAAAAACCUCUACAACAACAUCACUCUCUUGUAAAAAUUAUCACACCAAUAUUAGUGGUUCAAUUCCUUCUAAUUGUAAUUUACCAAGCCAACCUCGUAGUAGAAAUACAAACAAAACACUAAAAGUAAGAGGAGAUUCAUCACUCAUCACAACUAGUACUAAACAACAAAGAAAUAUAUCAACAUUUGUUUUUGACGAAGACGACGACGAAGAAAUGAUUCAAAAUAAUUUGGUUUUUGAUUUAACUCCUGAACAAAUUGAAAAGGAAACUGCUGCCUUAAUUGAAAAAUCAAGAGCUGUUCAUGAUUCUGUUGCAAAGCUUGCAGAAUCUGAAAGAACUUUCCAAUCAGUCGUUUUACCAAUUGCUCAAGAUGAAGCCUACUUCUCUGUACAUGAAAAUAAUGUCACAUUCCCUUCAUAUGUUAGUCCAGAUAAAGCAGUCAGAGAUGCUGCUUCUGCUGCUGAAGAAAAAAUUUCAGAAUUCACCAUUGAUAUUUUGAUGCGUGAGGAUGUGUAUAGAGCUGUUAAAUAUGUUUCUGAUAAGAUGCAAUCUGAAUUGGAAAAGUAUGACGAAGAAGAUAAGAGACUUGUGAAGAGAAUUCUCAGGGAUUACGAAAGAAAUGGAUUGGGAUUACCAGAAGAUAAGAGAGCAGUUGUAAAGGAUUUGAAGAAUCAACUUUCCAAGUUGUGCAUUCAAUUCACCAAGAAUGUUUCUGAAGAUAAGACUGUCCUCCAUUUCACAAAGGAAGAAUUGGAUGGAGUUCCAGAAGAUGUCAUUAAUGACUUUAAGGUCUCUGAAGAAGAUCCAAAUAAGAGGGUUGUCUCAAUGAAAUAUCCAGAAGUAAUGCCAGUCAUGAAAUACUGUAAAGUUGAAGAAACAAGACGUAGAUUGGAUGUUGCUCGUUCUUCACAAUGCCAAGAAGCUAACGUUCCAUUGUUCGAACAAGCUGUCAAGAUUAGACAAAAGAUUGCAGAAAUUAUGGGUUUCAAGACUCACUCUCACUAUGUUUUGGAUGUCAACAUGGCUACUCCAGAUGAAGUUUUAACCUUCUUGUACAAUCUCAGAGAUAGACUUUUGGAUGGUGGUAAACAAGAACUUGAAGUACUCAAACAAUUGAAAGGAUCUGAAGUUUUCUCAUGGGAUUACCUCUACUUGUUGACCAAGCUCAAGGAAGAACAAUACAGUGUCGAUGAUAACUUGAUUAAGGAAUAUUUCCCAUUGGAUUAUACUCUUGAUGGUUUACUGAGUAUUGCUCAAGAAACUUUCUCUCUCAAGUUUGAAGAAGUUAAGGAUGCUAAGGUCUGGUUUGAAGGUGUUAAAUUAUACAAUGUUUUUGACAAGGAAACUGAUGAUCAUUUGGGUCAAUUCUAUUUGGACUUUUUCGCUAGAGAUGGCAAGUAUAGCCACUUUGCUGCCUUCCCACUUUCUCCUCACUACUUUGAUGCUGAAGGAAAGGAACAAUUCCCAGUCACUGCCAUGGUUUGUAACUUUACCAAACCAUCAGCUGAAACUGGUGUCUCCCUCUUGAAGCAUGAUGAAGUCAUCACAUUACUCCAUGAAUUCGGUCACUUGACUCACGGAUUCUUGUCUAAGACUAAGUAUGCUAGAUUCAGUGGUACUCGUGUAGAAAGAGACUUUGUUGAAAUGCCUUCUCAAUUCAUGGAAGGUUAUGGAUGGGAGACUCAAGGUUUGAAGAGAUUGUCAUCUCACUAUAAGACUGGAGAAAAACUUCCAGAUGAUCUCAUCAAGAAGAUGAUUGAUGCCAAGAAUGUUGGUGUUUCACUUUUCAACUUGCGUCAAUUGUUCUUUGGUAUCUUUGAUAUGACUUGCCAUACUUUUACUUCUGCUGAAGAAGCUGAAAAGCUUGACAGUGGUGCUUUGUGGAGAAAGCUUAGAAGAGAGGUUACCUUAUUGGAAAAUCCAGAAGGUACUAACGGAGUUGCUUCAUUUGGGCAUCUCAUGGGUGGCUACGAUUCUGGAUAUUAUGGAUAUUUGUACUCUGAAGUUUUCUCUACUGACAUGUUUGGAGAAUUCAAGAAGCAAGGUAUCUUCAAUCCAGAAAUUGGUAAGAAGUACAGAAAGCUCAUUUUACAAAGAGGAGGAUCUAAGGAUGGUGGUGUCAUGUUGAGAGAAUUUUUGGGUAGAGAACCAUCUCAAGAUGCCUUCUUGGAAGAUAUUGGUUUGCUUAAGAAAUAA